AUGACUGAAGACUCAGCCCACGGGGAAGACAAUUGUGGAGUGAGUUCAAUCAUAAACACGCCAGGCCUGGAGGAAGAAAAGGGCAGGGCCCACACAAACACGGCUUUCGCUGAAUAUGGACAUCAAGCACUGCCUAGAAUUAACAAUGAUGUCCUUGGGGCUGAUGUCAACUUAGGCAGAACGGUUGAUCGGUUCCGGGGAACAUGGAAAUCCAUUCCUUGUGAAAAUUUUGAAGAAUAUAUGAAAGAACUGGAAUGUAAGGGAAGAAAUAAAGAUCUGGAAGAAUCCUUUAAACUGAGAGAAGAGUUUGAGGAAACCACACCAGGUGGCCAUAAAACUAAGAGUACGGUAACCUUAGAUGAUGACUCUUUGAUUCAGGUUCAGGCCUGGGAUGGGAAAGAGACCACCAUCAGGAGGGAGCUAGUGGAUGGGAAAAUGUUGGGGGAAAGUGCUGUGAACAACGUUGUCUGCACUUGAACAUAUGAGAGAGUACAAACAAACUCAGUCUCAAACUAUUAG